UGUAAAUCUAGGCUGUAUUGCUGUCAUAUAUCACACUACCUCGUAAAAACGACACUGAGGAUUCUGGGCCAACAAAUCAGAGAGAAAAAAUAUGAGUUCUUAUUAUGUGGAUGGUCUUCUUAGCAAAUAUACGACGGGUAGUUCUCUCUUCCCAAACGUGGAGCGGGCUUCUUGCAGUAUUGGACCCAGUGGGGAGGACUAUGCCUCGGCUCGGACUGCUGCGGCCAUUGCGUUUGCACCGUCUCUGUCUGGAGUUUACAGCGUCAAUAAUGCAGUGUACCAGAGCCGCCCCGUGUUUACCUCGGGAUAUGGCCAGGGGCAGGACGCGCACCCACUGCACUGCAGCCUGUUUGAGCAGAGCCGCCUUUUCACCGACAGCUGCUGCAAUCCGGAGCCGGGACCCCUCACCUCGCCGCCGGACAAACAAUACCGGAUGUAUCCCUGGAUGAGAGGAUCAGAUCCGAACCGAAAGCGGGGGCGGCAGACCUACUCCCGGUACCAGACCCUGGAGCUGGAGAAGGAGUUCCACUUCAACCGGUACCUGACCCGCAGGAGGAGGAUCGAGAUAGCACACGCCCUCUGCCUCUCAGAGAGACAGAUCAAAAUCUGGUUUCAGAACCGCAGGAUGAAGUGGAAGAAAGACCACAAGGAGGACCCGGUGUCGACCCCCAGGGAAAAGGACGAUGAUAUUCAGACGGUGUCAGAGGCCGGAGAGCCCGAAGCUGGAGAAACCCGGAGCCCCGCUUUGGAGUCAGAAACGGCUGCAAAGUAACAAAAGGCACGAGGAUUAAAUGAAAGAAACACACUUUUAUUAUGAAUUAAGGAUAUAUCUAAAAUAUUUCCCACAUAGCAUUCAUGCACUAAGAGCUUUGUAGGUUGAUAAUUUGAAUGAUAGCUGAAGGCAAUUAUGUAAUAAGCAUUUAACAGUAGGCUGUAGCUCUGUAUUUCAUAUUUUAAAGCCAAAAUACACAUAUAGGUUCCGCAUGAUAUAGCGGUAUUAAUUGCCUAUCCAAACUAUAUUUUUUAUAUAUGCAAUACAAUAGGAAAUUGAACGUGAUUGUACAACUGAAUGAACAUUCCUUAACGAAAUACUACCUAAUAUUUUCCUGCUAAUAUUAAAACACCAACACAAGGAAUUCAACGUAAAUUGAAAUUGUAAAUUAGUGAGUAAAUUAAUCUAAUCUACCUAUUCGAGUACUUUUUCUCAACAGUUGUAUUUUCUAAAGGGAACAAAUACACACUUUUUGCGCAAAUGUGCCUUAUUUUGAGUUAUUUUGGCUAAUAAAAAGUGAAUGUUUUGUUAGUUAAAUGCCUCCAACUGUGAUUUAGCUGGUUCUGUAGAUUUCAGUAAAUGUACCGCUGUAUUUAAUAUAAUCACUUAGAGUGUUAACAUGCCAGUUUUUCGAUAUUUAUUUCCCCCGUUAUAUAUAUGCCACAAACAUUUCUUUAAUUUCGGAAGAUCUUGUUUAACCUACCUCAGAUUCCCAGAAAGUCAACAUGCUUAUAACUGUAAACAGGAAUACCAUAACAUAUGUGUUGAAGUCUUAUCCGUGUAUUGUCUGUGUACCUCUUGCCUAUUUCAUUAAGAAAUAUUUUCAGGCUCAAAUAAUUCAUUACGUGACUGUGAAUGCUAACAUUUAAACGCAUGCACUUUUAUUUAAACAGCAUUACAUUUUAGUAUCAAGGCAUUGUGUAAAAAUAAAUAAACCUAAAAUGUGCAAAUCCUGUGAUAUAUGAAGGUGCAGUGCCAACGUUUUGUGAAGAAUGAGAAGUAGAAUUUCAACCAAUAAAUAUAAAAACAAAUCUUAAACCUUUGGGAAUGUUUUAAAUCUGUAAAUGAAAAUAUAUUUGAAAGAAA